AUGGUUUGUUGUGAUAAGUGCGAUGGCUGGUGGCACUUAUCCUGCGCCAACGUUUCUCCCGGUGUGCGCGAUCGUCCAUGGACUUGUCCAAAAUGUUCAUCGAGCACCAAUCCAGAAAAUACGAAUAGGAAAGCCCAGUCUACGGUAUCGGGUCCUGUUGUAACUGGCGCAAAGAAGAGAGAUACGAAGAAGAGCACGAAAGCUACCACUAAGUCCACAUCCGCAGCGAGCGAGUUCACAGGUACGGAUGCAGGUGCGAUCGGCACAGAAAUAGUUUUGGAAUCCGCGAGUCAGGCGAAACCAAGCGACAAAGGUGCUGCACUCAUCAAAACACCCCUCAAGAACCCGUUAGUAAAAAAGCUGCCUCACAUCUCGGGCGGUACUUCGUCCACCGGGGAAACGGUAAAACCAUUGAGAGACGAAUCUAGUGGCUCGAAAGAUUUCCUGAAUCUACGCGAAUCCCAAAGUGCUCCUAGUUUGAAAAAGUCGGAGUCUAUCAGAACAACCAAAUCUUCACGGUCCCGGUUGCAGAUAGAAAUGGAAAUCCUGAAUGAAGAACGUUUGCUGAAUUCUCUCAAACUCCAAGAAGAGCGACGGUUAUUGGAAGAAGAAAAGGCGCUACGCGGAAAGGAAAACCUCCUGCGAGCGAAGGAAUUAGCGAUGGAGCAAGAAUACUUGCGAAAGAAGAAAGAGCUCGAAAAGUUAGCGGAUGGAUACGGAUCGGGGUUGACCGAUAUUUCCCGUAUAACCAGCAGCGAAAAAGCGGCUUUAUGGCUCAAUCAACAAAGGGAACAAAACUCCAAGGAAGAACCUCAAGAGGAUGUUGGUGAUGGACAGUGGGAGCAAAAAGAUGAAAAGCCACAGGAAGAGUUUGCUACCCAAAGAAGUAACGUGAACAUGCUGUUACCCUUCGAUAGAAAUCGACCUGUUCCGUGUAGGUCUACACAACGCGCACAAAGUUACGUCCCGCUGGAUAUUGAAACUCCGGAUCAGCUAGUGCGACCUGAACAAUCAGGCCUUCCGCGACAAAUGCGUUUCCCAACCCUGACCACAGACCAAGUGACAGCCCGCCAGUUCUGGCCUAAAACGUUACCGGCCUUCUCAGGGGAACCUGAAGAGUGGCCCUUGUUUUACCACAGUUACGUGACCGCAAAUGCAGCCUGCGGGUUCACUAAUGUUGAAAACUUAGUCCGAUUGAGGGAAAGUCUGAGAGGCCCUGCGAAGGAAGUCGUUUUGACGAAACUGAUGUUUCCGGAUAGUGUAGAUGGCAUUAUUGAAACGCUCAGGCGCUGUUAUGGUAAGCCGGAAUUAGUGAUUAAAAACAUGAUCCAGAAAGUGCGUCGCCUCGAACCACCGAAGCCAGAAAGAUUAGACAGCCUCAUAAAUUUUGGAAUGGCAGUACAACAAUUGUGCGACCACUUGGAAGCGGCCAAUCUUCGCAGCCAUUUGUCCAAUCCGACUCUGCAAUCCGAGUUGGUGGAGAAGCUGCCUGCUGCGUAUCAAUUAGAUUGGGUUAGAUACAGGAGAAGAUUCGAGGAACCGACUUUGAAGGAGUUUGGAUGUUAUAUGGAAGAACUGGUUGUCGAUGCGAGCGAGGUCACUACAACCCCACCAAAAACUGACUUCUGCAAGUCCGAAAAGACAAAAUUUCGAGAGAAGGUACACCUGAACGCGCACAUGGAAUCUGAUGUCUCGUUUGAUAGGUCCCAGCAGAAACAACCUUGCCCUGUGUGUGGGAGGUUCGAUCAUCGAGUGCGAAAUUGUGACAAAUUUAAACAGCUGAACCUAGAAGCGCGAAAGAAAGUGGUUCAACAGUGGAAGUUAUGCGUGACAUGUCUUAACAGUCAUGGUAACUGGAAAUGUCGUUCGCGGUUCAACUGUAAUGUCGAUAAAUGCAGAGAAAAUCACCACCCAUUGCUCCACCCUGAUAGACCAAACGGUAACAAUUCGGCACGGUGCAACACCCACAUCGAAAGUGAUACGUCGAUCUUAUUCAGAGUGGUGCCAAUCAAGUUACGUAAUGGACUUUGCUGUAUUGACACGUACGGAUUCCUAGACGAAGGUUCGUCUCUUACCAUGCUCGAGACAAGCCUCGCCAAAGCACUUGGUGUGACUGGAACGCCAGAGCCACUGGAACUUCAAUGGACAUCAAGUAUAGUACGCAACGAAGACUCUGAGAAAAUUGUAAUCUCAAUCUCAGGUGAAAUGGACACGGCUCGAUUCUUUCCUAUUGUAGCUUAUACGAUAAAAGAGCUAGAUCUUCCAAAACAAAGCCUACCGUUUAAGAGUUUAGCAGCUAAAUAUAAGCACUUGAGGAAUCUGCCUGUUUUGCCAUACACGAACGUAACGCCUCGGGUGCUAAUUGGGUUGGACAAUUUGGAGCUGUUCGCUCCCCUCGAGAGCCGCGUAGGACAAUACGGUGAGCCGAUUGCUGUGAGGUCUCUACUUGGAUGGACCGUCUACGGGCCGCGCAAACAAAGACCGAACAGAAUCAACGUUCAUUCGUGUGAUUGCAAAGGAGAUGAAACGCUUAACGAGCUGAUUCGUGAGCAUAUCGACAUGGAAAAGGCGUUGAUGUCAACGGCACCACUGCCACAAUCUGAAGCAGACAAGCGAGCUCUAAAGAUCCUGGAAAGCACCACAAUUUUUAAAAAUGGGAAAUUCGAAACCGGUCUCCUUUGGUCAACAGAAGCCGUUCACCUUCCCAAUAGCCGACCGAUGGCACUUAGUAGAAUGAAGUGCUUGGAGAACAAAUUGGCGAAGGAUCCCGAACUAUGUGCGAAUGUUCAUCAACAAAUUAAGGACUACAUCCUGAAAGGCUAUGCCCACAGAGCAUCUGAGCAGGAGUUGCUGGAAGCACCCUCGUCACGCGUUUGGUAUCUUCCGCUGAACGUGGUUUCCAAUCCGAAAAAACCCAACAAGAAAAGGCUCGUAUGGGACGCCGCAGCAUCCGUGGACGGAGUCUCUUUGAAUUCUCUCCUACUGAAGGGACCGGACCUACUAGUGAGUCUCCCCUCCGUGAUUAGCAAGUUUCGGGAAGGGCGAAUCGGAUUUGGUGGAGAUGUGAGGGAGAUGUUCCACCAAAUUCGGAUCAGGCCCGAAGAUAAAAAUGUGCAACGCUUCCUUUUCCGUUUUGAUACCAACCUCCCUCCGGACGUCUACAUAAUGGAUGUCGCAACCUUCGGCGCUGCCUGUUCUCCCGCUACCGCUUUGUUCAUCAUGGGAAGAAUAGCAGAGGAGUGUAAGCAGGAAUAUCCAGAGGCAUCCUCAGCGAUAAGCGACAAGACGUAUAUGGAUGACUACUUUGACAGCGCAGAUUCACCCAAAGUAGCCCAACGAAGAGCCUCUCAAGUCCGAUCAGUUCUGCAGAAAGCGGGUUUCGAGAUGCGCAACUGGAUCAGCAACGACGAUACUGUUCUUCAAAGUUUGGGAGAAAAAGCAAACUGCGAGAAGGUAACAUUAUCUAGCGAUAAAAACAAAUAUUUAGAGAGAGUAUUAGGCGUUAAUUGGGAUCCAGCAAAGGAUGUGUUCUCAUUCCCUAUUAAUUUUUUCGGGAAUCUUAAUCAAUAUGUUACUGAACGAAAGAGACCCACGAAGAGAAUUGCACUAAAAUGCAUUAUGAGUCUUUUCGACCCUCUGGGACUAUUAUCUCCGUAUACUAUUCACGGGAAAAUGUUGGUGCAAGACCUGUGGCGCACCGGAGUACAGUGGGACCAGGAAAUGCAGGACACGGAAUGGCAAAAGUGGCUUAGCUGGACAAACUUGCUGAAGGAUAUUAAUCGUCUGGAGAUCCCCCGACACUAUUUCGCAGGAUUGGUUAAAAAUCAAACAGUUCAAUUACAUAUAUUUACAGACGCAAGUGAGCUCGGUUAUGGUUGUGCAGCGUAUUUUCGCCUUGUUUGUGGCGAGCAAAUCAUCGUCACCCUUGUUAGAGGUGUCGCCAAGGUUGCCCCGCUAAAAUAUCAGUCCAUCCCACGCAAGGAACUACAAGCUGCGGUUCUUGGUGCGAACCUGAUGGUCAAUAUCCGCAACAGCCACUCCAUCCCCGUCAGCGAAACAUUCAUAUGGACCGAUUCGACAACCGUGUUGGCCUGGAUUACAGCGGACCAGCGAAAAUACAAGCAGUACGUCGCAGCCAGAGUGGGCAACAUCCUAUCGCUUACGGACCCAGGUAUUUGGCGUUGGGUUCCUACUAAGGAGAAUAUUGCCGAUUGUCUGACGAAGUGGGGAAAAGAAACCAUUCCCGAUUCAAACAGUAGGUGGUUUAAGGGCCCAUCAUUUCUUUAUGAAAAACCGGAAAAUUGGCCCAAACCAAAGACUCGUAUUGAAGCCACACAAGACGAACUUAAGGCUCACCUCUUAUUGCAUCAUAUUUCCUUUCCUAAACCUCUUAUAGACGUCGACAGAAUCUCUAAGUGGUCAAUUCUGGUACGUACGAUGGCCACUGUCCAAAGAUUCAUAUCUAACUGCAAACGUCGAGUUAAAGGGUUACCUAUCGAAGCGGUACAAGCUGAGGAGAAGACAAAGCGUUUAGUCGUAAAAUUCAUACCAUCAAUUCAACAACCCCUUCGUCAGUCCGAGUAUCGUGAUGCUGAAAUCAUCCUGUGGCGAAUUGCUCAAAUUGACAGUUUCCCGGAUGAAGUGAAGAUUCUCUUGAAUAACCGUAGUAAACCGUUGAUCGAAAAAUCUAAAAUAGAAAAAUCGAGUAUUUUGUACAAAUAUUCUCCGUUUGCCGAUGAGUUUGGAGUAAUAAGAGUUGAGGGGCGUACAGCUAACGCUCAGUUUGCAACCUUUGAUGCAAGGUUUCCGGUUAUAUUGCCCAACGAUCAUACUAUUACAAAACUCCUCAUUGACCAUUAUCAUCGAACUUUCGGUCAUGGUAACAGGGAAACUAUUUUCAACGAGCUUCGCCAGAGAUUCGAAAUAUCAAAAUUACGUCCUGCAAUACUCAAAGUAGCAAAAAGCUGUCAACGCUGUAAGAUCCGGAAGUGUGUACCUCAAGUACCCCGUAUGGCACCCCUACCAGAACAACGUCUUACUCCCUACGUCAGGCCCUUUCAGUACACAGGUCUGGAUUACUUGGGACCAGUAGAAGUCACCGUUGGUAGACGACGAGAGAAAAGGUAUGUUGCUGUUUUUACUUGCCUGGUAGUCCGAGCGGUGCACAUCGAAGUGGCACACAGUUUGUCCAAAGAUUCGUGCAUAAUGGCUAUAAGAAGAUUCGUUCAGAAGCGAGGUCCCCCAAGUGAAAUUUUCUCAGACAACGGCACCAAUUUCGUGGGCGCCAGUCGUGAGCUGCAGAAACAACUUAGAGAUAUCCAUCUAGAAUGUGCUGAUACUUUCACCAAUGCCCGCACCAACUGGUUGUUUAAUCCACCCACAGCUCCACACAUGGGCGGAGUGUGGGAACGGAUGGUGCGUAGUAUCAAAGUGUCGAUGGAAGCGUUGGAUGACGGAAGAAAGGUGAACGACGAAAUCUUGCUGACAGUAUUGGCUGAGACCGAAUCAUUGAUCAACGCACGACCACUUACCUAUAUGCCGCAAGGAACGUCGGAGAACCAGGCCCUUACUCCAAAUCAUUUUAUUCUGGGGUUCUCAACUUGGGAUGCUGGCACUGAUCAGAUUCGGAAACCGGUCGAGCUGAACGAGACGUUACAGAGCAGUUAUCUAAGAUCUCAGUAUCUAGCUGGGACAGUAUGGAGUCGUUGGAUCAUGGAAUAUUUCCCGUCGCUGAACAAACGACCGAAGUGGAUCGAGGAGAUGAACCCGGUGAAGGAAGGUGAGCUCGUAUACAUAGCAGAAGGCAACCGAAGGAGCUGGGUUAGAGGACGGAUAUCGAAGCUACUGUCCAACAAAGAUGUUCGGCGAGUGAUAGUCGAGACUUCGUCUGGUCCCUUAAGGCGAGCAGUAGCGACGUUAGCCCGGAUGGAGAUAGGAAGCAGUGAACCUGGUCCAAGUCCUGGCGGAACCGAACCUGCUUCACGGGGUGGAGGAUGUUCUGGCACCACUGAGUGCCAAACGCAGAAAAACCAUGAGAAAGAAAAGUAG